AUGAAUGAGUUUAGUUCAGGAGACGAGCCCGAAGACAACAAUGGAAACCCUUACGCCUACCACCCCAAACCACCACCUCCGCAGAGCUGUUCGGCGGGCUGCUGGCAUUCCGCCCACCCAGACGACAUGGUGGUGGAGUAUGAAGCCCACGCCGCUGCGGACGUUGGUGAAAGCAUGGCCUUAAGCCCUCUGUGUGUCGAAGACGUUGAUCACCAAAAGCCUCCACGUGAUUUCUCUGGUCCCGCACACGCCGUAGUCACCGGGGAGCCCAGGUACCCGCGGAGCAGCUGUCACUCCCGACAGUCCCCUCGGGGCCAGAGGGAUGAGCCAUCGCCGCCUUGUGCGCGGAACCCCAAAGAGGGCGAUUGGAGCUGUGCAGACUGCCCGGGUGCCUGGGAGCUAAACCAGACCUUUGACAGGAGAGUGGAUAACGCUCACUGCACCUUUGCGAAACACCACGCCGUGGGAAAGAGCCAGUCUUUGCACGCCUCUGGGAGCCUGCAACCAACUGGCAUGAGAAGUGGAAAUACAUCUCUAUCCUGUUCCGUUCGCCCGGCUUCCCAUUCUGAGAAGACACACGUGACAGAGACGAGCUGUGAUAGAGGCGUCUUUCAAUGCCCUGCGGCCACAGCCUCGGAGGCCCAGGGGGCAGCGUUCACAGCGUUUCCUGAGGUGCUGAUGCAGACGGAUGCCUUUGUUCCAGAUGUUGGAAAUGCCUGUCCGUAUUCUUCAGGGAAGGUCACCAGCGAGUACACAGAUGGGCCACAGCAAAGGCUAGCUGGAGAAAAGGAGAUCCACGCUCUGGCACCAGUUUCCGAUGGCAUGGACGUUCCCAGCGGGUCUGCAGUAAAGGAGUUCUUUUGUUUAUCUAGCGAUGAACCGCACAGUGAGACACAUUCGGCGAGCUCACAUGGGCCAAAGGAAAUGGGCCAAAAUCUAGGAGAAACAGUGUCGGAUUGUCUUAUCGAUGACGAGUGCCCUGGCCUGGUGCCAGCUUUUGACAACAGCACAGCCCCAGUGCUGCGUCCUGAACCCAGUGUCACCGGGGCCGAACACACACAGAUGGCCCCCCAUGAAGAGGACCUGGAAAUCCGAAAUCAUACCAUAGAGCUGGUCCCAAGUAGCCCCCCUGGACAUUCGCUUGAACUGACUUGGGAUGAAAAUGACAUGGUCAUCAGUGCAAAUGACGCCAUUUGCAUGUCCACGCCAGUCCCCAAACCCCUGAAUGCAACCUUUUUUGUCUCCCCCGUCGAGGCGACGGAGAAAUGUAGUAACCUGGAGAAGAGUCACCUAGAGCUUUCUAAACCGAACCUAGGAAAGCCAACAACCAAAGCCAAUACCCCGAUAGGCAGCAAAGUCAGAAAGAACAAAAUCAUCAGUUACCCAAGACCUAACUUCAAGAACGUCAAAGCAAAAGUGAUGUCGAGACCUGCAGCGCAGGCCCACGACCCCGCUUUGUCCAAGGUCACACCCAGACCUCAGCUGACCAGUGCCUGCUCAUCCCCCUCGUCGGGCUCUUCCUCGAGACAGUUGACCGCGCUGAGCAAAACCCGGAGAUCCGACCUGAACGCAGACACGAAAGCAGAAACCCCAAUUAGCAAGACGCAGAAGCAGCAAUUGAAUAAACUCAUCACGAGCCAGGCCGAGCAUGUUGCAACGCAUUCUAAAAACGCUUCCCACAAGGUUUCAAGAACAACACCUGCCCUGAAAUCGAAUCGGGAAGAUGUUGACAAGGCAAGUUCUUCCCAUUCGGCGUGCGAGCCUGGGUCCGUGGCUUCGUUCCUCCAGAAGUGCAGGGGCCUGUUCUCGGUGACAAUGGAAAGCCCCGAGUGCUUGGAAAUGACGUAUGUGCCCAACAUCCAUAGGACUGGCCCUGAAGAGAAGGGAGAACAGGAAAAUGGGACCCUUCUGGAAAAACAAGACCUCAAGAAGGACGUUUUGAAUGAGACCUUUGACUAUGGGUCUCUGUUUUUGGGUUCUGCUUCAAAAACUGCAGCCCCCGCAGGUAGGAAUGCACCCAAGCCCGACGCCUCCAGUUUGCGGAUAACACCGGGUCCGAAAGCCAAAGCGGGCCCUUCUGCUUCCUGCUUGAGGUGUACCAGCAACAGCAGAACGCUCAGUUCCGACCGGACCUUAUCUUUGCAGAGGAUCAGGCGUGCAGCCAGUUCUGGAAAACCUACAUCUCUGAAAAGCGCACCGCCGUCUUGGGUGAAUUUGCCUCGGCCGCUUCCGAAGUCCAACGGGUCCUUGAAGAGCUCGGUGCUCCGGCGGACGGGGAGCCCCGCCUCCAUCGCCAGCACCCACAGUGAUCUGAACGCCUACAGCAGCAAUUUUGAAAACGGCAGACAGAAGACUCCCAGAAGUUUAUGUAUCCAAACUCAGACGUCUCCAGAUGUGCUCUCCUCUGAGAAAACACUUGAGUUGGCUCAGUAUAAAACAAAAUCAGAGAGCCAGAGUCGGUUUAUCCUGCACCUUAAGCAGCUUGUCUCCUGCGGGAAUGCCAAGUUUGAAGCAUUAACAGUUGUGAUUCAGCACCUACUGUCUGAGCGGGAGGAAGCUCUGAAACAGCACAAAACCCUGUCGCAAGAACUCGUGAGCCUCCGGGGAGAGCUGGUCACUGCUUCGACCACCUGUGAGAAAUUAGAAAAAGCCAGGAAUGAGUUGCAAGCAGCUUAUGAAGGAUUUGUCCAGAAGCUGAACCAGCAGCACCAGACGGAUCUAACCGAGCUAGAGAAUCGGCUCAAAGAGUUCUACACCGAGGAGUGUGAGAAGCUCCAGGGCAUUUACAUCGAAGAAGCAGAGAAGUACAAAACUCAGCUGCAAGAGCAGUUUGACAACUUAAGUGCUGCCCACGAAACCUCGAAGUUGGAAAUUGAAGCUAGCCACUCCGACGAAGUAGAAUUACUAAAGAAGGCCUAUGAAACCUCCCUUUCAGAAAUCAAGAAAAGCCAUGAAUUAGAAAAGAAAUCACUCGAGGAUUUGCUUUCUGAGAAGCAGGAAUCCCUAGAGAAACAAAUCACUGAUCUGAAGAGUGAAAAUGAGGCUUUAAAUGAAAAGCUGAAAUCAGAAGAACAAAAAAGACUCUCAAGAGAGAAAGCGAAUUCAAAAAACCCGCAGAUCAUGUACCUGGAGCAGGAGCUGGAGAGCCUGAAGGCCGUGCUGGAGAUCAAGAACGAGAAGCUGCACCAGCAGGACGUGAAGCUGAUGAAAAUGGAGAAACUGGAGGACAACAACACAGCGCUGGUCGACAAGCUGAAGCGAUGUCAGCAGGAGAACGAGGAGUUAAAAGCUCGGAUAGACAAGCACAUUGCAAUUUCAAGGCAACUGUCCAACGAGCAGGCCACGCUGCAGGAGUGGCUGGAGAAGGAGUCGAAAGUCAACAAGCGCCUGUCCAUGGAGAACGAGGAGCUGCUGUGGAAGCUGCACAACGGGGACCUGUGCGGCUCCGACAGGUCCCCCACGUCCCCCGCCAUCCCCUUCCAGUCGCCGCGGAAUUCCGGCUCCUUCCCCAGCCCCAGCGUGUCGCCCAGAUGACGCUUCGGCCCGCGGGAGACUGUCUGAGAGCACUGUCACAGGUCCGCAGGGCUGACCCUCGCCACGGCCGAGGGGUCCAGAAGCCACGUGGGCCGACGUGUCAUCACCGCCCUAGAACUGGAACGGCUCGGCCCCCUGCCUCGGCUCCUCGGGGAGCCCGGAGCUCAGGAGGAACACGUGGCUCUCUGGCCAAGAGACUCCUCCCCAAAGGAUUUCGGAAGCGAUCUGCACGGACAUUUGCACAAAGCACUUAAAGAACAUUGCCUUUCUCACGUACGCAUAAGGGGAAAAACUCUCAGGGGCCUCUUAAGAUAAAGAUUUAUAUAACCUUUAUAAUGUUCUUCGCCACAGGCACCUUCUUGUGAUUUUUAUUUGGGGGAUGCGUGAAUAAAAGGGAUGUCGCGAG